CCUCGUGACGCGCGGGAGCCGCCGCCGCCCAUUGGGCGCCCCCCAAAAAAACGUCCCCAAAUGUCCCCAAACGUCCCCACCCCGGGGGUGGCACCCGGGGGGGCCCCGAGCGGGGGGACAGCGCUUCCCAGUUCGCCCCAGUUCCUCCCAGUUCCUCCCAGUUCAUCCCAGUUCAUCCCAGUCCAUCCCAGUCCGCGAUGCUGCCGCUGCUGCUGGCGGCGCUCGGAGCGCCCGGAGCAGCCCCUUUCGUCCUGCAGGUGGCCUCCUGGUGCUCGCUGGCCACCAACGGCUCCCUGGUGGCCACCAACGACUCGCAGUGGCUGCGGGUGGCGCUGUCGCAGCAGCCGCUGCUCUGCGGGGACCUGCGGGGACCCCGAGCCCGGCCCUGCCCCGGCCAGGGGGGACCCCUGGUGGCACUUGGGGACAACCUGGCGCGGGUCCUGCAGCGGGACCCCCGCUGGGGGCGGCGGCUGAGCCAGAGGCUGGGAGUGUGCAGGGAGCUGCCGCCGAGGGUGUGGCCGCCCGCCAGCGCUCCUCCACGGCUCCGCAUCGUCCCCGAGCGCUCGGGCCCCGCUCUGACCCUCACCUGCCACGCGUGGGGCUUCACCCCCGCCGAUGUCACCCUGCGGUGGCUGCGGGACGGGGACGCGGUGGGGGAUGGGCGGGCGUGGCCGCGGCCGCUGCCCGCGGGCGACGGAACCUUCCGGGCCCAGGUGACGAUCCCGGUGGGACCGGAGACCGGGGACACCUGGGAGUGCCUGGCCCUGCACCCCAGCCUGGAGGAGCCCGUCAGCGUCAGCUGGGCCCCGGGAAUGUCCCCGCGCCUGUCGCUGCUGGUGGCGCUGGCGGUGCUGGCGCUGGGGGCGGGGCUGCUGCUCCUCACCCUCGGCCUCCGCCGCUACCUGCGCCCAGGUUCUACUUUCCUCCCUGGCAGAGCCCGCGCAGGUUACACUCCACUCCCAGGUGACACCUACACAGGUGAAAUCUGAGGAACCUCCAGGACGGUGACAGCGACAGGCCCCAAAAAUCCCAAAAUUCACCCCAAAAAUCCCCUAAAAAAACCAAAAAUCCCUCCCCAAAUUUAGCCCAAAAAAUCCCAUUAAAACCCUCUAAAAUUCCUCAAAAAUCCGAAUAAAAACCUCCAAAAAUGUAAAAAAAAAUUCACUUAAAAUCCCCAAAAUAAUUUUCCCCCAAAUUCCCAAAUUCCAUUUGAAAAACCCCAAAAAAUCCCUAAAAAUUCCUCCCCAGAAAUCCCAUUAAAACCCAAAAAAAUCCCCCCAAAUUCCCCCUAAAAUCUCCCGAAAUUCCCCAUAAAAUCCCCAAAAAUCCCUCAAAAAUCUCC